AUGGUCCCUCGUCGCCGUUUCAGCCGACGCUUCGCCGCCCUCGUCGCUGCCGCCGCCCUCUUCUUCCUUUACCACAUCUUCUCCCUCCACUCAUCCCUCGCCACCACCUCCUCGUCAUCGUCCUCGAGUGCCGGCACCGUCGACCGUGAUCAUGCCGGUGAACCCGCCCCAUUCUGCCCGUCCUUACCAGGAAUCGACGAUGUCCUGGUCGUCAUGAAAACCGGCGUCACCGAGUCGAGAGAAAAGGUGCCCAUUCACUUCAAAACGACCCUGCGCUGCAUCCCCAACUUCGUCAUCUACUCCGACUUCGACGAGGAGAUCGAGGGCGUCAAGAUCCACGACGUUCUGCGCCACAUCGACACGGACGUGAAAGAGCGCGUGGCCGACUUCAACAUUUACAAUCGCGUCGUGGAGCACGGGCGCAAGGGUCUGGAUCAGGACGAUUUCGCAGACGAAGCCAACUCCGCCAUCGGAAAGCCCAGUAACCCAGGCUGGAAGCUGGAUAAAUGGAAGUUCCUGCCAAUGGCCCAGGAGGCUCUCAAGUACAAGCCCGAUGCGAAAUGGUAUGUCUUCAUGGAAGCCGACACCUACGUCUCGUGGCCGACACUGCUAGCCUGGCUCGCCAAAUUCGAUGCCAAAAAGCCCUGGUACCUGGGCACUGAGACGCAGAUUGCGGAUGUCAUCUUCGCCCACGGUGGUUCCGGCUUCAUGGUAUCUAACCCCGCGCUGCAAGAUGCGUCGGAUCAGUACACCGCGCGUCGCAAAGAGCUGGAUAACUACGUUGACCAUCACUGGGCGGGCGACUGCGUUUUGGGCAAGGUUCUUGCUGAUGCGGGCGUCAAUUUGCAUUUUACUUGGCCGAUUCUGCAGAACUCGAAUAUUGGCGAGCUGGACGAGUUCACAAACGAGUUGUACCGUCUUCCUUGGUGUUAUUUGGCUGUUGCCUUCCACCAUCUCAGCUCUCGCGAGAUCGACCAUCUUUGGAAAUUCGAGCAAAGGCGCUGGCACGAUAAGAAUAAGCGCCUCCUCCUGCACAGCGACGUUUUCCGUGAAUACAUCUACCCCGAUAUCGCAUCCCUAUCUACAAGAUCGAGCUGGGACAACCUCUCAAACGAAGACCAGCCCUUCGCCAAAACAUUCGAAGACUGUCGCGAGGUUUGCGAGGUCGAAAAGACAUGCGUGCAAUACGUCUGGCGCGGCGGAGAAUGCUACACAAGCAGUCGCCCGCGUCUGGGUAACUCGUCACCUUCCGGAGACUCGACAUCGGGCUUUAUGACGAGUCGUAUCCGUGAAAUGAUGGAUAAGAGUGGUGUUUGCCGCAGUCCCGAGUUUGGAAGCCUAAGCUAA